GGUCCCUUUUCAGAGGGCAGCGCUGGGGGCGGGGCUGUCCCGCCGGUGGGCGGAACUUCGGCGGGGGGCGGAGCUGCGGCUGCUGGGGGCGGAGUUGGAGCGGACCAAUCAGCGGCUGGGGGUGUGGCCAGCGGCCCUGCACCCCCCCAAAGGGGCCAGCGCUGGGCGGGGCCAAGGGGGCGGAGCCAGAAGUGCUGGUGAGUGACAGGGGGUGGAGACUGCGCGGGGCCACGGGGGGGGUGGAAGUGGGCGGGGCCUGACUGACCUCCACCCCCCAGGAGGGCGGUUCGGGCCGUGUGCAAAAUCCGGGCAGAGGCGCUGGGGGCGGGGCUGGAGACAGAGCAGCCAAUCAGGACACAGGAGCUGAUGGAGGCGGCCAAUCAGCGCUGGAGGCGGGAGGCGGAGGCCGUGCUGAGCCGCUACCCCCCCCCCGCCUUGGUGCUUUGGGCUCUGCAGCGAUUGGCUGAGGAGAGUUCCCGCCUUUGGGAGGCGGAGCCUGAGCCCGACCUUGAACUUGACCCUGAACUUGACCCCCGAGGCUCCACCCACUGUCAGGAGCCUCAUCCAGGAUCUCUGGGGCGCCGUGGGGUGUCUGUGGGGCCGGCUGCCCCCCCUGGCCGCUCGGCUGCGCCCCCUGGAGCGACGGCUGAACCACCUGACACUGAAACUGGGGGGGGACCCCAAAACCCUGCAGGCUGCCAGGCUGGCCGUGGGGGUGGCGGGGCUGUCCGGGACCCGCCGGGGGUCCUGGGGGAUAUUGGGGUAUCCUGGGGGGUUAUUGGGGUGUUCUGGGGGGUUAUUGGGGUUCAGGGGGGGUCCUGGGGGAUAUUGGGGUGUCCUGGGGAUAUUGGGGGUCAUUGUGCCCCAUUUUGGGGGGUUAUUGGGGUUCAGGGGGGUCCUGGGGGGUCCUGGUGGGUAUAUGGGGUGUCCUGGGGAUGUUGGGGGGCCGUUGCCCCAUUUUGGGGUCCCCGUCCAGGCGCGGCGGGGCCGGCGGCUGCAGUUGCUGGUUGGCGCCACCAGGGGGCUCCGGACGCGGCUGCGCCCCCUGCAGGAGCAGGUGAGGGGGGAGGGGCGGCUGGGGACCCCCCCCCGCUCUGGUGGGGGAGGGGCAGCGGCUGCAGCGGUUACUGGGAGAACUGGGAACACUGGGAGAGCCCCCCCCGAGCCCCGCCCCGGACCCUCUGCUGCCCGUUUUCCGCGCUCUGGAGCUCCCGCCAUAUAAGGCCCCACAGGCGGCGCUGCGCAGGGCGGCCCGGCUCAAACAGGAAACGCGGUCACCGGGGGGCGGGGCCUGAGGAGGGGGCGUGGCCAGCGCUGCCCCGCCCUGUGGGGCAAAUUGUGGGCGGGGCCGACCCGGAGCUCCUCUCCCGGCUGCGAUUGGUCGCCACCCAGACCCAGCGGCGAAUGGAGAAUUGGCCCCGCCUCCUGGAGCUCGUCAGCCAAUGGUGGGCUCAACCCGCCCAGUGGACCUUGGCCACGCCCCCUGGCUCCCUCCCUUUCUCCCAUUGGCUGCAGCGCUGGACUCGCGCCGCCCAGGCUCUGCCCUGGCCCCGCCCCCUCCCUUUGGCCCCGCCCACCGAGGGGCAGGACGAGGAGCAGCCGCAGCUCUGAUUGGCUGAGACCUUUGAGGCCAUAAAAGGAAUUGGGGGUGUGGCCGGGAGCAGAGGCGGCCUGGAGGGGGGUGUGGUCUGGAGGGGGCGUGGCCUGGGCGGGAAGCUCUUAAAGGGCCAUUGACAUAAAUAAGGAGUUAAAGGGUUUUUUGGGGUGAAACUAAAGGAUUUUGGGGUGAAAUUAAAGGUUUUUGGCAUUCUA